GUUCAAGCUAAAUUUAACUUGGCUCAUUUUUGCUGCCGUUGCCACCAUGAAGAGCGCUGCCAUCCUGCCACCGACGCACACCGCGGGGGACGACAUCCUUGACGAGGACAAGGGCGCGAUUGUGCUGGCGACGCAUGAGCUGCGGCCGCUCAAGCACCCCCGCGACGACGUCGCCGCCGCCUUGCGCGCCAUCGACGACGCCGACUGGUACGUUCAGUACGAGGCGAUCGAGACCUUUCGCCGGGCACUCGUGCACCACGCACCGACCGCGGGCCCGCACCUCGGCGACGUUCUCGACAUCGUGUCGGCCGCGAGCCUCAACCUCCGGUCUGCCACGAGCAAGAACGCGCUCCUCGCGCUCGCCGAGUGCUUUGAGUUUGGCGAUGUAUCCGCGCUACCGCUCCUCCACGUCGUCCAAGCGCUCAUGAAGCGCGCUGCAUGCGAAAAGAAGUUUUUGCGCGACGCCGCCACGCUCGCGAUCGGGAAGCUCACGACAUAUGCACCGACGUGGCCCGUCCUUGUGGCGCUCGCGGCCUACUCGUCGAGCAAGAGCGCCAAGCUCGUCACGGCCGCCUGCAAUGGCACGAUGCUGUGCUUGCUUCAAAUGCAAGUCGACGCGACGAUCUUGAACCCGACGCAGAUCGUCGAAGUGCUUCCUGCGCUGGCUCGGUUCCGCAACGGGAAGGACGCCAAGGCUCGCGAAGAUGCACUUGUCGGCUUGAACGUUGUCGCGUCGUUUGCCGGCGGCAGCGACAUCUUUGAGAAGCUCGUGAGCACCGCGAUCGGCGACAAGGUCGCUGCGACCAAGGUCCUUCAGGCGGUCGUCGCAAGCAGCAAGCGCAAGGCCCUCGCACGGGCACCGCUGACGACGGGGCUCCGCGCGGCGCUCCAGAGCCGGAAAACGCAGCAGCAACCGCAGACAGUCGAGUAGGUCUCGUGGUCUAGAGGAGAGAUCGCUUGUACAAAAUACUUCGCACUAAUGCUGUGAAACGCGUCGGCGUCGGCAGGUCGUGUAGGGCUAGGCUCUGCUCAUUAACGUUUAUCUCUACUUAUUCC